CCUGGUUUAUAAAUUUCUGACGUUCGUUCCUCCUGUGUCAUUUCUUUUAACUUGUAGAACCAGACCAAGACAAUAUGUCUCCCACGUGAUUUAACAAUCGGAAUAUAUUCAAUGACAAUCAGUGAAAAGAACUGAAAUUACAUAAUGGCACAGAUUUUGAAAUUGUACAUGCGUGCUGUUGAGAAACAUCCUUUACGAACAAGUGCAUGUACAACAGGAACGUUAAUGGCCACAGGUGAUUGUAUAUGUCAGUUAGUUAUAGAAAGGACACGUAAUUAUGAUUUCCAUCGAACAGGCAGAUUUCUAGGAUUUGGUCUAUUUAUAGGUGGUCCAAUUUUUAGAGUAUGGUAUAAAACUUUAGAUAAAGUAUUUAGAGGUACAAAAUAUGCUCCAGUGAAAAUGGUUAUUGCUGAUCAGGGGUUGUUCGCUCCAGUGUUCUUGCCAUUUUUUCUUGGAACUAUGGGAUUUUUGAGAGGGGAAACAGUGGAUGAGUUCAAAAAUCAAGUUAAAAAGGAUUUUAUACCAGUAAUGAAAGCAAAUUAUAAGGUGUGGCCAGCAGUCCAGAUUUGUAACUUUAUGUUUGUGCCUUUACAACACAGAGUUUUAGCAGUGAAUUUAGUAUCAAUAUUUUGGAAUACUUAUUUAGCAUGGUUUGCAGAAACCAAAAAUAAAGACAAUUUAAAUUUGAUUGAACAAGAACUUAUACUACACGAAGCAGUUCACGAAUCACAUGACACACCAACAAGCAAGUCCACGUCGCCAACAACUGUAACUAAAAGUGUUGUAAGCUGAAACUCGAAGGAUUUUUGCCAGUCCCCGUCCUCUUCAAUAACUGUAACUGAAAGUGUUGUAAGCUGAAACUGGAAGGAUUUUUGGAAGUUACCGUCAUCUUGAAAAACUGUUAAUGAAAGUUGUUAGCUGAAACUAGAAGCAAUUCUUAAAUUUUGUUAACUAAAAGAAUAAGCCAGUCUACUUCAAUAACUAUGAAUGAAAGUGUUGUUAGUUGAAAGAAUUGGCCAGUCUGUAAAAAUAAGAAAACACUAAAUACCAUAAGAAAAGGUCCACAUCUAUACUCUGACAGUGAUUUCGUGAUUUAUGUUCAGUUUUGGAUGGUGCAUAAACUUAAGUGCAAUUUAUUGUUUUAAAGUCUAAGAGUAUUAUAAAACUUCUUUGAUUCAUGAAUUAUUUUGUUUGUGUAAAAUAGGUGUCAUUAAUUUUUAUUGUUGAAUGUGACCAUUUGUUGCAUAAGCAAGACAUAGCAACCUACAUUCUAUUGCCUGUGUCAUCAUCAGUUAGGCUCAUAGUGAAAAUGUAUUUUUUUAAUCAAAAACUUUAUCAAACCUUCAUGGAAAUUUAUAAAGUUUGGACGACAGCCCUCUUAUGACCAUAAAUAAGAUAUUUAAAAUACUUUUUAUUUUUCCUUAUAAUUAUUUAACAGGCAUUUUUUUUUUUGUAAUUAUUUUUAGAAACAGUGUUGGGUUAAAGUUGUUUUUAUAGAAACUUUGUCAAAUCUUCAGAGACUUGACACAUGGUGAUUAACAUGACGUACUUGUUUGGCUUUAUAAAUAUUUUGAUAUGAGCGUCACUGAUGAGUCUUAUGCAGACGAAAUGUGCGUCUGGCGUACUAAAUUAUAAUCCUGGUACCUUUGAUAAAGUUCUACUUAAUCAAAAUUUUGAUUUUUUUCUUUUAUCUUUUACAGUAUUUUUAAUUAUGAAUGAAGGACUUAGUUUUUGUGCAGGGAACAUUGACAUGCAUCUGAGUAAACAGCUUAAUUUUAUUUAUCCAUAUUGGAUAAAAAGACUUAAUCCUAGGUAUCUAAAGGCCUCAAGGCUCUGAUGAAUGACAAAGUCUAACUCUCAAGCACAUUUUUUGCUGUUGAAAUUUUUUUUUUAUAAAUUUGCCAAAUACUUUUAUUUGAGGUCAACAAAUGCUAAGAGAGGAUCAGACUGAGACGGUUGUUGUUUUUAAGACGCACUGAUUGUUUAUAACUUGCCAUAUUUAUCUGAUUGUUGAUUUAAAUUGUUUGUGUCAAAUAUAUUUUUAAGAAAUCCAUUAGACCCAAAUAGUUAUGUUACAGAAAUCCAGGCCUAUGCCAUAAGGAUUGUUAUCAGUUUAAAACUUUUUUUUUUACAAAAAAACAUGCUGCCGCUAGGGUUUUGUCUAAGAAAAUCCAACUUCUAGCCACCAUUUGUAGUAUAGAAGAAUUUGUACAUUUUACCUGGUCCUUCUGUAAAGUCAGAAAUUACUGCAAUGUUUUUAUAAUUUUGAAAAAUGCAAAAAAAAUUAUAUGAAUCAAAUAGGAUUUUCUGAAAAUUGCAAAAAAUUAAAAUUGCAUUUUAGUCUAAAAUGACAAAAUCGCAAUACUAAAUGCAUGCAAUAAUUUCUGAAUUUACAUUAUUCAUUUAAGGGUUUUAUAGCUGAAUGAAAAAGAAAAAAUAUUGCCGAUGUGUUAUAUGUUACAGACAAACUUUUUAUGAAGUGUCAUAUUAUUAUUUUGUAGGUUUUAACUAAUUUGAUUGGAUCGGAAAGUGUCUCAUGUUCAACUGUUUUUUUUCAAAUAUAGACUUAAAAUGGCAGAUAGAAAAAUGAUAUUUUGCUCAGUUCUUUUUGAAUAUUUAAAUAUAGAAAUCUCAAAGGUCAGGCAUUCAUAACAGCCAUGAAAAUGAGUUUCUGCUCUAUUUCUGGCAGAUUGACAAUUAUAAUAUAACAAUUGUAGCCUAUGUGUCACAUGGAUAUGAUUGAUGAAGAUAUACCGACCUUUAGAAGUAUAUCUACCUCAUACUUGAUCCACAUGUACAGUAGAUAUAUUUCUUUCAGGUUGAUAUACCCUUUUCUCUAAUUCUAUCGAAAUUUAUCCCUUUCCGAACCCAUUGUAUAAAAAAUUUUAAUCAACGUGUGGUUGCUGGUGAUCUCAAAAGAUCAUUGGAUGAUUUAAAGGGUCAUGAACUUUUUAGCUAACUGGAUGAAUCAAAAUUUGAUAGCAGGUGUUAAUGAAAUUGACAACUUCGUGCAAUUUGAAAGGCACUCGAAGGGGAUUUUUGGUUAACAAAAAAAGAAAAUGUUUUUUUAAUCAUUAGAGAAACAGAUUCUUACAUAAUUACUUGUGGAUUAUCGGAUUUAUCCAAUCUCGAUAGUUAAAUUAUAAAUUUUAAAGUCCUCGCCACGCGGCUCGGACUUUAAAAUUGAUAAUUUAACUAUCUCGAUUGGAUAAAUCCGAUAAUCCACUGGUAUCAAUGUAAGAAUCUAUAUGUAUCAACCUCAUACACAGGCUAUAAAUGUUUUAAAAUAUUUAUUUAAAAAUGACUUGUAAAAUUUUGCAGCAAUUAACCAAAAAUAUAUAUAUAUUGAUAUGGAAAGAACUCCCAGUUUUAUUAGGGAAGUAUUUAUUGCAUGCAUUUAUUAUUGCGAUUUUGUCAUUUUAGACUAAAACGUGAUUUUAAUUUUUGUAAUAUUGAGAGAGAAAAAAAAUCUGUCACAUUUUUCGCAAUUAUAAAAACAUCGCAAUAAUUUUACAGUACAUGGAAUGUUACAUUUAAUUAUAAUGUUGUUGUUUUCAAUAAAACAGGAGAUAUUUAUCAUGGGAGAUAACUCUAAUAUUUUUAUCAUGGGAGAUAACUCUUAAUAUUUUUAUCAUGGGAGAUAACUCUAUAUGUCUUCAACCUUGGUAUCAGUGAUAUUAAUUUUGUUGCUCAUAUUUUACAUGUUCUUGUUGUUAUGAAGAUAGACCAAUAUUUGGCCUUUAUUUCAAUAAAACUACUUACUUGUA